AGAGAGAGAGAGAGAGAGAGAGAGAGCAAAUUCCGUGGGAUAGAUUUAUUCAUCCAAAGCUGUGUAAGAGUGGUGGUCAAUAGAGGUCCCACAUGUGCCAACCUGUACAAGACAAGUGGCUGAUUCUGGGGUGAGGAGUACCUCCCCUGCCAUGUCCACUUCCACCCUGCCACCCUGUCACCCUACUCCCCCCCGAGACAUGGUUUAGCCCAACCUGUCCAGCAGUCAUGAUGAUGGCCUCCGUGGUUGCCAAUGGAAACAGGAAGAAGUCACUGUUCCUGAAAGGGGUGGACCCAGAAACCUGCAUGAUCGUCUUCAGAAACCACUGGGCACAGGUGGUGAAGAUCUUAGAGAAACAUGACCCUGUCCAUAGCGGUGGUCUGGGAUUUGGAUCCGGGGGCGGUGGCGGAGGCUGCCUCCGGCCCGGUCCUAUCCCCGGUGACGAGGCCAGCGCGGUCCAGAACUACGUAGAACACAUGCUGUUCCUGCUGAUGGAGGAGGAAAGUUCACUUUUUCAGAUAGAAAUGAGAGGCGGCGCGAUGGGACCCAUCCUAGAGUUUGUGGUUCUAGAAGGCGUGAUGGAGAGACUGUUCCUCUGGAGCCUGAGACGACAGUUCACUGAUGACAUGAAACUGGAACAACUAAGGAUGUACCAGAUGUUACUAUCUCAGGCCAGACAGCCUCUACUGCACCACAAACCUGUUCUACGACCCUUAAUGAUGCUGUUAUCAUCCUGUGCUGGAGGAGGAGGAGGAGGAGGUGGAGGGGUAGGAUCGGUGGAAGCAGAGUUGGUGCUCCUGCUCAACCAGCUGUGUGGUGGGCUGGCUAAGGACCCCUCGGUGUUAGAGUUAUUCUUCCACACCAGUGAGGACCAGGGGGCAGCCAACUUCCUGCUCUUCUCUCUGCUGAUCCCCUUCACCCAUAGGGUAGGCACCAUAGGACAGCAGGCCCGGGACGCCCUGCUGCUCAUCGUGGAGCUGUCAGCCUACAACCCCAGAGUCGCUAUGCACAUCACAGACAACACAUACUUCUGUCCUGUACUGGCUACAGGUCUGAGUGGUCUGUAUUCAUCUCUACCAGCAAAGCUACAGGUGUAUAGUGAAGACUGGCACUGCCUGGAGAGAGCUGACUGGAUACAGGUUCCGGCUUUGGUCCAGUUCCUAAACUCUCUGCAGUUCUGCUGCUCUGUCAUCAAGGUGGCCCAUCCCUCUAUCAGAGGUCAGUUGUUGGGGUAUAUCUACAAUGGUUUCCUGGUUCCUGUACUGGCUCCCGCUCUGCACAAGUGUACACUAGAAGAGGUGAUGACCACUACGGCGUAUCUGGACCUGUUCCUCCGCUCAGCGUCAGAGCCUGCCCUCCUCCAGACGUUCCUCUCCUUCAUACUGCUACACACACACGACAACGUCCACAUUCUAGACACACUGGUAUCUAGAAUUAACACACCCUUCCAGUUAGGUACGGUGUCGCUGGCUCUGUUCCGAACUCUCAUUGGUCUGUUCUGUGAAGACGUCAUGCUUCAGCUCAUACUCAGGUAUCUGAUCCCGUGUACACACCUGUGUGUGAGAGAACGUCGCUCUCUGAAGGACAGAGAUGCCUACUCUUCAUCAGCUGUUAACUUCCUCUUCCUCACUCCCUCCUGGUGCCCCCUGCGCAUCGGAGGCGUACACACACACACCCAACACAUCCACUGGGCUAUGGGAACAGACGUUCCCAUGUCAGAGGGUGACAGUGUUGGUUACUCCAGGAUCUACAGGACAGACUUCCUGAUGGAUGCUAACUAUCUCCAGUACCUCUGGGAUGCUAGGGUUGGGAUCGCUGCAUCGCUCCAGGCCUGUCUGGUCUGGUCUGGUCCCUACGACGGGGAGAACCCUGCACCUCCUCGGGAGGAGGAAGAUGUGGAAGAAGAAAGAGAGACAGAGGAGGAAGGAGGGCAGACGGAUCGAACCUUUAACUGGACUUCAUCUCCCACCCCUCCCCUCAUCUCCCCCUCUUUCCUCUCCCCCCCUGUAACCAUGGGAAACCAACAUAGAGGGGGAGACGGAGACGGAGGGGACAGGGGAGGGAGGGUGAGUGUGAUAGACUUGGAAUGGGAUGAUAGUUAUGAAUGGGAUGAUAGUCCCCUCCCCCACUCCUCC